AUGUACGGUCCUGAUCCAUCAGAACAAAAUACGAUUGUAAACGAAGAACAUAUUAUUUUUUGUAACCUUUCAAUUCUAGUAUUAACAAAAAUUAAAGCUUACCUAGAACGUCCUUUGAGAAAAGAAUCACUUGUCAAAAAAAUGAUCGAUCAUGUUGACUUAUGCUCGUUGAUCGUAACCUUCGAUCUUAGAAAUGAAUACGGAAAAAAUAAUAAUUCCGAUACUGUAACUGAAUGUACAUUUGAACGAAUUCAUAAUGAAUAUUAUGAAAAAUAUAACGUACAAAAAAAGAAAAAACCAACAAAACAAUGUAUAUGCCAAUGA